ACGGAAGCCGGGAAGAGCCUUUUGCGCACGCAGAGAGGGAUGCCGGCCGGGGUUGCUAGGCGACGGGGCGCUUCCCUGGUUACCGCGCGGAGACGGAGAGGGAGGAGGUGAGACGCUGCGAGGAGAGCAAAGGUGGGCAGGCAGGCAGGCGGGCAGGAGCAGCCGCGGCCGGGAGGAUGAAGCAGCCUCAGUGCUUGUGCCAGAUUUGUACCUGCGGGCGCCACCGUUGCCCUCACAAUCCCACACGGAUUUAUGACAAUGGAGGAGAGUCCUGCCUCAUGACUGAAUAUGUAGACAAAUACCCUCAGUAUGCCAACAUCCCUCCUACCCAGAGCCUCAAGCCCAAACAGGAGUACCAAAAACAUGGAGGGAAAAUGGAAGGAAUAACAACUUUCAGGUGUGACUACCUUCCAUACGAUGUGGCGAAUCGUCCUGUUCGGGUGCAAGAAGAAUACAAACCGGCACCCGGAGAUAUGGACCUGGGAACGACUUACAGAAGAGAUUAUAAUGUUCACAAAAUACAACCAGUGGUUUUAGUAAGACCUUUAGAGAGGAAACAUGCCAAAGGAGGAAAGCUAAAUACAAUACCCACAUACCAAGCUGACUAUAGAGCCUGGGAAAUUCAAAGAAGGGAGCCUUAUAAAACAGACAGCACCUACCAUCCGCCCACUGAGAAAUUUGGGAAUAGCACUACGUUUCAAGAUGAUUUUUUCCCCAAGCAACUCACUCCUCCCAAAAUUUUUAAGCCUAUCGCAGCAACCAAGCUUUCUGACCAACCUUUUAAUGGUGUCACAAGUCAUCGCAAUGAUUAUGUUGCUCAUCAGCUAGAACCAAAGUGGGCAAGAUCAAAAGCAGAGUACAGGCCAAGUAGCCAACCCUUUGAAGAUAUCACAACCCACCGGUGUGAUUUUAGAGGACUUCUGGGGGAACUUCCAAAAAGCUUCAAGCCUGAAUACGCUAAAAUAGAAUCAAAGGCUCAUUUUAAUGGAGUGACAGAAUUCCGUGAAAGUUUUCAACCAUGGGCAGUUUCCUUACCCGAAGUCCACAAAGCAAAAGAAUAUAUCCCACCUGCAGGUAAUAUGGACUUGAAUACUACAUCCCACCUUGAUUAUGUUGAACAUGAAGUACACCCAGUUGUCCUCAUGAAACCACUGGAAACUAAUAGGAAGAGUAAUGCCCCCUUCCAAGGGAACACAACCAUGAGGGAUGACUUUCAAGCUUGGGAUUCCGGUCGGCAAGAUAUGAUCAAGAGGCCCCAGGAAAUGCCAAAGCCUUCUGGGAAAUUUGAUGAUAUGACCACUUUCAGGGCUCACUACGUACCACACAGUAUAGUUCCAAUGCAAAGCUGCAAACCUUUAAAGGUAGCUCUUUCUAGUGGAGCACCUUUUGAAGCAGGUACCUUGUACCGUACAGAAUAUGCUCCAAAGGUGCAGACCAUCUGCCCAGCAACCUAUCCAUCUCCUCCAGGCUAUGUCUUUGUCAGCACUGAUUCUCGUGGCCACAAGUUCUUCCGCAAAGCUACACCAGAUACCAGUAAGAUUGCCCAGACAAAUGGUAAUCAUGUUCCAAAGGAAAUAGCAGUUGUAUCGUAACUCACAAUUAUAGUAGUUCGCAUAUUUUUUUGUGCAAGUAUCCUGUAAUGGGAAAACGGUUAAAGCAACGAAACAGUCUAAAAUAAGCACACACAGUUUUUUUUCAAUUGGAAUUCUACAACAUUUUUACAAGAUUGGUAAAGAUUUAAUUAUUAGGAAAAUGUAUGUUAAUAUUUCUCUGGAAUCUCUUUUCUGAAGUUGCAUUUUAUAACACCUUUCAGCAGGACACUUCUUGAUUUGAAUUAAAUUGCACCCUAUCUUAACCUACAAAACACACAAUUCUUUCAUCCCACUUCUUCAAAAAUGUGUGGGAGCAGGGAGCUGAGGAGGUAAAACACUCAACAUGGAUAAGCUCUUGCCUUUAAAACAUUGGCAUUUCCAAUUGCAGGACCAGGUAGUAGCACUGGAAAAGAGUUCUCUCUGCACACAAGCAUGGAGAGGCUAGCAGUAGACUAAGAUGACUUCGCUCAGUGAAACAGUGGUGGGACUUAAGAAUUAUAUCCUAUAUACUAGCUUGAAACCCAUGCUUCACUAUGUUAUUUAACUACCUUUAAUCCAAUUAUAAUACUUUUGGGUAUAUAAUUUUUUGUGUGUUUUAGGAAGAGUGUUUUGCAUUUUGAAUUGGUUUUGUAAUAUAAUAGCAUAGUACUCGACCUUCUCAAAGGCAUUUGAAUAAUGCGAAGCGUGUUGAUGAAGAAAACUGAUGAAGUAAAUUUUGAAAUAUAACAUUUGUUGAAGUAAUAAAAAAGAGAAGAUUGUA